CCGGAAGUGGGCGGGCCGGACCGGCAGGAGGCGCCGGACAGUUCGCGCUCCUUCACGGCUCUAAACCAAUCAGAGCCCUCUCCACCAGGAGGCGCGAGAAUACGAAUCAAACAGCGCCAAAUUGGCGCGAGGGCAAGGACCAAUCAACUGUGACUUCGCCCUGAGGCGCGAGGCCGGGCGGGGCGGGCAACGGCAGCUAAAUGGCAAGACAGAUGGAUGAAUUCUCAAUAUAAAUCCAAUUAUGGGAAAUUUAGACUAACAGCUGGAAAGUUUUAUGGAGAUGCAGUCAGAGAUAAAGGUCUGCAAACUAGUGAAAAUUCUAAAUUUUAUGCCAUUUCAUCACGAUUUAAACCGUUUAGCAAUAAAGGAAGAUCUCUGGUCAUUCAGUACACAGUAAAACAUGAGCAGAAGAUAGAUUGUGGUGGUGGAUAUGUUAAGAUCUUUUCCUCAAACUUGGAUCAGAAAAAUAUGAGUGGAGAUUCACAGUAUUACAUUAUGUUUGGACCAGAUAUUUGUGGAUCUGAAACAAGGAAAGUCCAUGUUAUUUUAAAUUAUAAGAGUAAACCUCAUCCAAUGAAGAAACGAAUCCGAUGCAAGGUUGAUGGAUUCACUCAUUUGUAUACACUGAUUUUAAGACCAGAUCAGACUUAUGAAGUAAAAAUUGAUAACGAAAUAAUUGAAUCAGGCACCUUAGAAGAUGAUUGGGAUUUCUUGCCACCAAGGAAAAUAAAUGAUCCUACAGCAAAGAAACCCAAGGAUUGGGAUGAUGUACCCCAAAUUGCUGAUCCCAAUGAUGUCAAGCCUGAGGAUUGGGAUGAACCUGAAUACAUUCUGGAUACUACUGCUGAGAAACCUGAAGAUUGGGAUAAUGCAACAAAUGGAGAAUGGCAACCUCCUCUGAUCAAGAAUCCAUUAUACAGAGGUGAAUGGAAACCAAGGAAAAUUGAUAACCCAAAUUAUAAAGGAGUUUGGCCCUGUCCACAGAUUGAAAACCCAAACUACUCACCAGACUUCAAUAUCUAUAGCUAUGAAAACAUUAGCAUCAUUGGACUAGACCUUUGGCAGGUGAGAGCUGGAACAAUUUUUGAUAACUUCUUGAUCACAGAUGAUGAACAAUAUGCAGAAGACUUUGGAGAUGACACCUGGGGUGAAACAAAGGACCCUGAAAAGAAAAUGAACAUAAAACAGACUGAAGAAGAAAAGAAAAGGGAAAGGGCAAAAGAAGAAAAGCGUUUUAAGGAAAGGUUUAACAAGAAGGUAGAAAAGCCAAAAGAAUCUGGAAAGGAUAAAUCGAACAGGAUAACUCUGAAGAAGGAGGAGCUUUAAUUAUUUUAAAAGACUUCAGAGAAAUAUUUAAAGUUUGGCUUUUCUCUAAUUUGUUGUAUAGAGGUUCAGAUGUUUUCUUAAUAACUAACUGAAAAUAAUAUUUAAAACUUCCUCUAAUAAAACUUUGCUAGAACUAUUCAUUUUUAUGAGAUUUAAAUAUAUAUAUUUUAGCACAGGAAGACAUUAAGAAAACAUGUUUCCUGUAAAUAGAACAUGGAAUUGAAAUAAUUCAAUAAAAAAACCUUACUAAAA